CAGAAAAAAAGUUCGUCGCGCAGUUUUACCUGGUAAGGUGCAGUAACAAACGUGAGACAAAAAAAUUACGAGUAACAUCAGUUACGGGAUUUCUCGGAUUCGUAUUAGACAAAGGUUCAAACUGUAGAAAACAAGGACGUAGAAAAGACUGGAUAUAAUACUCAAUCAAGGCUUCGACAUAGUAUUAGGUUUCUUGCCAUAUUAAAUUUUGGAUUUACAAAUAUAAAUUCUGGAUAUUUUGAUCUAGACAGAUUUUAUCGCGCAUAAUAUAACCAUCAUCUACCCGAAGGAACAGUCAAGGAACAGACGUCAGGGAACUAUUUUAAACUUCUACCAGUGACAAGCUGUUGAUAAACUAGUGUUUGGAAUAUCUUGUAGUAGCACUAAGGUUGGCACUGUCUAAAACAUCAACAACAGAAGACUACAGAGAGAUUGCUUACAAGAAUGUUGCUUCGACUUGGAAUAGUUCUACACGUUUUACUAGUCACAGUCUACGGGCAGCCUGAGGAGCUAGCCGACCCCACCAACCCCUGCUCCCACUCUAGAACCAUCAACCUACCCAAAGACGGCAAAUGUCUGGUGCCGGUCAGGACGGCGUACGACUGGACCACGGCACAGGCGGCGUGUGAGAGGGCGGGGGGAUCGCUCUAUCAGCACCCAAAUGCACGCCUCCAGUCCAGGCCGACCUUGAUGAACUGCCUGGCGUCCAUGGCAGACACCAAAUUUGAUGACAUGUGGCUCAAUGCCGUUGGUAUAUGGUACCCUCAUUUUUUCUGGAUCAACAUGACCGUGGUCAACGAGGUCAACUACUGCACACGUGAGGUCCCACCACGUGACGACGCUAGCAGCGUGCCCAUCACAAGCGACACGCUAAGCGUGGACUACUGCGUGUCGACAUGCCAUGACAGUGGUGCAAGAUUCAUCGUCCUACACAAUGGCGGCAAGUCCCCCGAGUGCUACUGUAAACACGAGCUGGACAGCAGGUACCAGCUACCCUGCUACACCAACACGUUUCAGUACAAGGACACAGAGAACUACUACAUUAUACACGCCAAGGAAGAUGACCUAAUCAAACUCGCCGCCUCCGAAGCUUUCUCCAAGACGGAGAUCCUCUGCGCCACAGUCGACCACGCGACCAAGGACAACCGAGAAAUGCGCAGCGACACGUGCUUCACUGCUCACCCUUUCCUCUGCUGUUUAGGCGAGGCCACUAAAUGCACGAGCCUGGAGUGCUCAGGUACCGAGUGCCGUUUCCUGAUGAAGGACAAGUGCAUGCUGCGUGUCGCCAGCAACUACAACUGGUAUGCUGCGCGCGCAUACUGUGUGGCCAAGGGCGGUGACCUCUGGAACAUGCACGAGCUGAACGAGAUGAACCAGGUGACCCAGUUUCUGGACGGGGUGUCCAGGUACUGGAUCGGGGCCUCCAACUACGGCUGGACUUUCAAUGCCACCAGUGCUGACCUGUCCAAGACAGGUGGAGACUUCAACCUGGCCAGGUGUGGUCACAUGUUCAGAGAGAGGCUCAGCACUACGUCAUCAGGCACAUGGCAAUGGGGGGACACUGUCUGCGACCAGCAGAAGUCUUUCCUCUGUGAAUUUCCCAAGACAACGUUUACUAGGGAGGAGAUUGACAGGGAGGUUUCCUGUCCCUGGCCAAUCACUGUCAUCUCAGUACCAGACGAGACACAGACACCCAUACCGUUCGUCAACAACAACCAAAGUUCUAGUGGUGACAGUUUCCCCAUUGCCGCUGUGAUUGCUGCCUGUGUUGCCGCCCUUGUCCUGUUGACCUGUCUAGCACUGGCCGCUGGGUACUGCCACAGACAAGGAAAAUUCAAAAAGGCGAAAGAACAUCUGGCGUUUAUUCCAUACUUCGCGGAUGUAAGCGGGGCUGCAGAUUACAGUGCAACCAUGCAGAGCAACAUGAGCUCCGUGUCUGAACGUGGGUCUCAGAUUGGAUUGGUGAAGGGUGGCGGCUAUCAGUCGGGCAUGUCCGCCUUCGCCAUGUCCACGUCAUACGGAGAACAAAAUGGAAUGUUCCAGACACAAUCGCUGGACAGGAGACAGAAAGAUUCCAUGGCGAGAAAACUCACGGACAGUCAGAACUACCUCGUCAAUGGGAACUCUUCACUGGAUGAACGAGGUUUUGCAGCGACCUACAGCACCUUACCCCUUAAAACACGAGACUACAUGACCCUUCAAGCCCAGAUGGACAUCAAGGACGAGGCCGAGCUAGCAGCUUUAAGAGGCUCCCUCAGGGGCAAGCCGGAAGUGACCCUGGUGACCGACAACGUGGACAUGAACUUCACCGUCAACCACGCCAUCUCUCGCAGUCAGAGCCACGCCGGCAGCGAACCUUCCAGGUCCUCUCUCGAGAGAACGAUGGAGGAAAUCACGCUGCCCGUCAGUGAGGGGGGACACCUGAGGAAUCUUCCAGAAAGGGUGGCGGAGGCUAGGAUCUACACCAGCCAUAGUAACAUCUAAAGGCACAGGGGCAACAGUUGAACAACUUAGAAAUGUUUUAAGCUAACUAACUGCAUGCCAGCAUAUGUUUUUAUGACUUCUCAAGUUGAAUAAAUACUUGCAGAUUUUGACAAUUACAAAUUCAAAAAUAAAAUUACUUUUUUUAGGCGACAUGUAAAUUUUACUUUUUCAAAUUUUAAUAACAAUUGGAAGUGCCUUCUUUAAAAUGUGAUUGGCGAUUUUUUUAUUGAAUUUGUUUUGUGUAAAUAAAAAAAGCCAGUAACUAUUUUUAUUUGUAAAUAUUCAACAAAUAACCUUUUUUUGACAAAAUUGGAGAACCUUUAAAGAAAUUUUUAGAUACCUAUCAACCUAGUGUUAAAAUAUUUUUUGUGGCUAGGUAAAGUUUUAGGUAAUUCAUUUUUAGAAAUCUCUUCAACGUUUCUCAGACUGAAGCACAGCCUACUAUAAGAUCUACAAUAAUUUAUGCUUGUAAAAUACUUGAUUUUUUUAUCCAAGUUAUUUUUAAGCAGCUGAUAGUUUUUAUCACUGAGCAUUACAACAAGGAUUUCGAUGCAUUUUUUUUAUGUUUCUCAUGUGUCCACUAUUUACUACAGGUAAUAACAUUUUAAUGAGAUUUUUUAUAUUGGAAUCAAUGUGUUUAUGUGGACAUAUUUUACUGGUCUAAGCUGGAAGACAUAAUGAUCGAUUAGUUCCAAUAUAAACAGAUUAUAAACUUUUUUUUUUCUGAGCUUGUUUAGAAAGUCUUGCGGGUGUCGAAAGAUCUAUGAGUCAAACCAACAGACAAUGGAUUGCAAGCUUUUAGCAUCCCACCUUUAAGGUUUCAUUACAAAAAAAUCAACAUAUGAUUUCACGAAUUCUGUAGAUCCAGCAGUUUGAAGGCUAAAGAUAUCACUUUUUUCUACUCCGUAAGAUUUUUUUUUUUAAAACUAGAAUUCUGCAACUAUCGGACUUUCAAAUUUUUUUGGAGCCGUACCCAAUACUAGACUAAACACAGUAACUCUAGAAAAAGGGAAAAUCCCAUCAGUUUAAAAAUGUAGCUAGUUUUAUUUUUACCAAAAAGAUGUGUUUUUUGUGUGUGUUGGACUAGCUUUUACACUUUGAACAGUUUUAUAACUGUACAGCAAUCUGGCACAAGAUUAAUAUCAAUCUGAGUGUGAAUAAUCUCUAAAUCUCUGGAACAAUUUGAACCUAUUUCUGAAAACUAUCUAGCACAAUCUGACUAUAGAAGAAAGAGACUAUAUUAUAAUGGGACCAUUUAUAACUAUUUCUAACUUAUGAACUCUGUCAUUGAAUCCCCUCCCCCCCACACCUUUUGUACAAUAACUGUUUAAAUUAUGGACUGCAGUAUAAAAUAUGAUCUUACUCAUGUAUGUACAUAUAAUCAUAAUGAAAUGCUCUACGGUUAGUGUUUAAGUUCAACCAAAUUAAUAUUUCUACAACUUCAUGAUUUCAACUUUUUUUACUCUACUUUAUUUUGGUAUUCUGUUUUUAUUUCCAAAUUAUGUUUUUAAAGCAAUUUAGUAGGACCAUAAUAAGAGAAAUUGUAUCUGCAAUAAUCUAAAUGUAUAUUUUGUAUUUUAAUGGAGUUAUUAUAAUGGAUCUGCGCCAGUAAAAAUUAAGUUAUACAUUAAAUAUUAUUUGAUUUUAAGAAAUAUUACUCUUGCGGGGGAGUUAUGGAUAUGUAAAAGAACAAGCACAUUGUAUUUUUUCAGGUAAGAGUUUGGCCAGAGUAAGUUUGUUGGUUUGUAUAUGGCCAGCAGUAAUUUUGUUGAUUAGUGUAUGCACAUAGCCGACAGAAGGUUUGUUGCUAUAAACCUAGACAAGGUCAGCCACUGCAAGUUUUGUAAAGGACCUCGCUGUUUUUGUUGUCUUUGAAGGACUUUGGUUUAAGCUGUUACAAAUUUUGAGAUCUUCAAAUGUAAUGAUCUUUAUAAAACAUCCACGAUGCGGUGGCCAUGUGCCAUAUAUAGGCCAACAUACAUACAUAUUUAUAUAUAUAUAUAUAUAUAUAUAUAUAUAUAUAUAUAUAUAUAUAUAUAUAUAUAUUCGGAGAGUGUU